GGCUGACCUCAGGUAACUGAAAUCUCGGACAGCGACACCGCGGAGACAGGGGACCAGUUAAUGAAAUGACACAUCAUGUCUUAUCUUUACCCACUCCUCAGUGCUGUCUCAUUUCUGGAAAGAGUCCCAAACAUCGAAUCAUGAUAUCUUUGUCCUCUGCCUUUGCUCUGCUCCUGCUGUUCAACCUCCACAGAAACACGGGCCCGCGGGGGAUCCUCUGAGCCGCAUCCCGGGUGUGUGAGAGCCCGCUCAGCUCCGCAGGCCUGAGGGCAGAGAUGGCCAGGCGACCGGGUCGCUGCCAUCCGAGACCUGUUCCUUUCGUCACAUUCCUGUAACCCGCCAGUGCCGGGCGAGAAGACAUGGGGGCUAGUCCGCCCAAGGCAAAAGGGCCCUGGCUCCAACCCCAGAGACUUUGGCUUUCCUGGCUGUUCAGAGAACAAGACUGGGACCAGCACCUGGACCAGGCUUACAUGCUGCAACAAAAGAGGAUUCAAGAGUCUCCAUUGCUUCAGGCAGCCAAGGAAAACGACCUGUUUGUCCUUAGGCAACUUAUGCUGGACCCAACCUGUGACUUUCGACAAAGAGGAGCGCUGGGGGAGACGGCGCUGCACAUCGCUGCCCUCUAUGACAACCUGGAGGCCACCAUGGUGCUGAUGGAGGCUGCCCCAGAUCUGGUCCACGAGCCCACCUUGUAUGAGCCUCUUGUAGGUCAGACUGCACUGCACAUCGCUGUCAUGAACCAGAACGUGAACCUGGUGCGAGCCCUGCUGGCCCACGGGGCCAGCGUCUCUGCCAGAGCUACGGGUGCCGCCUUCCACCACAGUCCCCGGAACCUCAUCUACUUUGGGGAGCACCCUUUGUCUUUUGCCGCCUGUGUGGGCAGUGAGGAGAUCGUGCGGCUGCUCAUUGAGCAUGGAGCCGACAUCCGGGCCCAGGACUCCCUGGGAAACACAGUGUUGCACAUCCUCAUCCUCCAGCCCAACAAAACCUUUGCCUGCCAGAUGUACAACCUGCUGCUGUCCUACGAUGGCCGUGGAGACCACCUGCAGCCCCUGGAGGCUGUGCCCAACCACCAGGGGCUCACCCCCUUCAAGCUGGCCGGAGUGGAGGGCAACACCGUGAUGUUCCAGCACCUGAUGCAGAAGCGGAAGCACAUCCAGUGGACGUGUGGGCCGCUGACCUCCACCCUCUACGACCUCACGGAGAUCGACUCCUGGGGAGAGGAGCUGUCCUUUCUGGAGCUCGUGGUCUCCUCCAGUAAGCGGGAGGCUCGCCAGAUCCUGGAACAGACCCCAGUGAAGGAGCUGGUGAGCCUCAAGUGGAACAAAUAUGGGCGGCCGUACUUCUGCGUGCUGGGGGCCUUGUACCUGCUCUACAUGGUCUGCUUCACCACGUGCUGCGUCUACCGCCCCCUCAAGUUCCGUGGCCUCAACCGCACUAAUUCUCGAGAUAACACCAUCCUCCAACAGAAACUACUACAGGAGGCCUACGUGACGCAUCAGGAUAUAAUCCGGCUGGUGGGGGAGCUGGUGAGCGUCCUUGGGGGCCUGAUCAUCCUGCUCCUAGAGAUCCCAGACAUCUUCAGGGUCGGUGCCUCUCGCUAUUUUGGACAGACGAUUCUCGGGGGGCCUUUCCAUGUCAUCAUCAUCACCUAUGCCUUCAUGGUGCUGGUGACCAUGGUGAUGCGGCUCACCAACACCGACGGGGAGGUGGUGCCCAUGUCCCUGGCCCUGGUGCUGGGCUGGUGCAGUGUCAUGUACUUUGCCCGAGGAUUCCAGAUGCUGGGCCCCUUCACCAUCAUGAUCCAGAAGAUGAUUUUUGGAGACCUGAUGCGUUUCUGCUGGCUCAUGGCUGUGGUUAUACUGGGCUUUGCCUCAGCGUUCUAUAUCAUUUUCCAGACAGAGGACCCAACCAAUUUGGGGGAAUUCUAUGACUACCCCAUGGCAUUGUUCAGCACCUUCGAGCUUUUCCUUACCAUCAUUGAUGCACCCGCCAACUACGAAGUGAACUUGCCCUUCAUGUUUGGCAUCGUCAACUUUGCUUUUGCCAUCAUCGCCACACUGCUUAUGCUCAACCUGUUCAUCGCCAUGAUGGGUGACACACACUGGAGGGUGGCCCAGGAGCGGGACGAGCUCUGGAGAGCCCAGGUCGUGGCCACCACGGUGAUGCUGGAGCGGAAGAUGCCGCGCUGCCUGUGGCCGCGCUCUGGGAUCUGCGGGCUCCACUAUGGGCUGGGGGACCGCUGGUUCCUGCGGGUGGAGAACCACCACGCCCAGAACGCCCUGCGCGUGCUGCGCUACGUGGAGGCCUUCAAGGGCCCAGACAAGGAGGACGGGCAGGAGCAGUUUUCCGAGAAGCAGCCCUCCGGAACUGAGAGUGGGACCCUGGCUAGAGCCUCCCUGGCCCUGCCUACACCCUCCCUGUCCCGCACCACAUCCCGCAGCAGCAGUCACCGGGGCUGGGAGAUCCUUCGCCGAAACACCCUGGGACACGUGAAUCUCGGCCUGGACCUCGCUGAGGGGGACGGAGAGGAGGUCUACCGUCUAUGACUGGCAUCCACGGCACUCUUGACCGGACUCCAGGUGGGCCCCGGGGCGGGGGCAGGGAGACACCCGCCUGUGCAAGUGUCUAACUUUCAUGCCUGUCAGUCGUAGGGGGGUGUGGACAGAAUACUUCCUGAAGGGCCACGUCUCGCCCUUCACAUGAGCAUUUCUGGAGACGGGCGAUGGGCAUGCAUUGCCCCACAUAUUUUCUGGGUUCUGGGAAGUCCCACAUCUUGGGAAAAGGAGGUUCUACUGGAAAGUGGUCUGCUGCAAGGCCUGCCUGAAUGUGGGAAGAGCCAGGCGUGGCACUGAGGUUGUGGCCCUUCCUUUUUUCCUAACCCCCUGCAGGACUCUCUCCCCACCUAGCAACCAAACCCCAACUACAAGAACUGCAAUAAAAAAAGAUUUCUUA